AUGGGGUUCUGGGUGGGGCUGGUAUUGGGGGUCGCGGUGGGAGUAGCCAUCAUCGUCGGCUUCGCUCGCUGCGAGAACUCGCGCGCCGCCCGCCGCCGAAAGCUGGCUGCUACCAUUGCUAGUUUCUCAAAAAUGACGAUUGAGGAUUCGCGAAAGUUACUCCCCGCCGACCUAUACCCUUCUUGGGUUGUUUUCUCAUCGCAGCAAAAGUUAAAAUGGCUUAAUCAGGAGCUGACAAAGAUUUGGCCGUUUGUAAAUGAUGCGGCAUCAGAACUGAUCAAAACCUCUGUAGAGCCUGUUCUUGAACAAUAUAGGCCAAUAAUCCUAGCAUCCCUGAAGUUCUCAAAACUCACUCUUGGUACUGUUGCACCACAGUUUACCGGUAUUUCCAUCCUUGAGAAUACUAAGGAAUCAGGUAUUGUCAUGGAGCUAGAGAUGAAUUGGGAUGCCAAUCCAAGUAUCAUACUUGCUGUAAAAACUAGACUUGGUGUCGCGCUUCCAAUACAGGUGAAGGACAUUGGCUUUACAGGAGUUUUCCGCUUGAUUUUCAAACCACUAGUUGAAGAGCUACCUUGCUUUGGAGCUGUUUGCUUUUCUCUACGACAGAAGAAAAAGCUGGAUUUCAGACUGAAGGUCAUUGGUGGCGAAAUUUCUUCUGUACCUGGAAUUUCAGAUGCUCUUGAGGACACUAUAAAAAAUGCUAUUGAAGAUUCAAUUACAUGGCCAGUAAGGAAAGUCAUUCCUAUUAUACCUGGGGAUUACAGUGAUCUGGAACUGAAGCCUGUUGGUACCUUGGAAGUCAAGCUUGUGCAGGCAAGAGAUUUGACAAACAAAGAUCUGAUAGGAAAAUCGGAUCCUUUUGCCAUUGUAUAUGUGCGUCCAUUACCAGACAAAAUGAAGAGAAGUAAAAUAAUUAACAAUGAUCUGAACCCUAUCUGGAAUGAACACUUUGAGUUUACUGUUGAAGAUGCUGAUACUCAGAGUGUAACCGUGAAGAUUUAUGAUGAUGAUGGCAUUCAAGAAUCUGAAUUGAUUGGCUGUGCUCAAGUCAGGCUGAAGGAUCUACAACCAGGCAAAGUGAAGGAUGUCUGGUUAAAACUUGUAAAAGAUCUGGAGAUUCAAAGGGACAGGAAAGAUCGGGGUCAGGUGCACCUUGAGCUGCUCUACUGUCCAUUUGACAUGAAGGAAGAGGCACCAAAUCCUUUCAGCCAACAGUUUUCGAUGACUUCAUUGGAGAGAACAAUGACAAACAUGGAAAAUGGAUCAGGGGGCUCUAGUUUUGAUAGGCUGUCUUCUAGAAAGAAAAGAGAAAUUAUCAUACGAGGAGUCCUUUCAGUAACAGUGAUAUCUGGGGAGGAUCUGCCUGCGAUGGAUAUGAAUGGAAAAUCUGACCCAUAUGUAGUACUUUCUCUCAAGAAGACAAAGACAAAGUACAAGACAAGGGUUGUGAACGAAAGCUUGAACCCAGUAUGGAAUCAGACUUUUGAUUUUGUCGUUGAAGAUGGCUUACAUGACAUGCUUAUGCUGGAAGUAUAUGACCAUGACACUUUUCGUAGAGAUUACAUGGGGCGGUGCAUCCUGACCUUGACAAAAGUUUUGCUGGAAGAAGAGUACAAGGAAAGCUUCAACCUGGAGGGAGCAAAGAGUGGGAAGCUGAACUUGCAUCUGAAGUGGUCGCCACAACCAAUCAUGCGUGAUUCCCGAGAAGCAGAUAGCUUAAGGUUCAGAUAA